AUGCUGGAUCACCUCCGUUUGCGGGAUGCUUGGCGGUUUCUUAAUCCAACGGAUAAAUACACGUUUUACUCUCAUCCCCAUAACUCGUUUUCCAGGCUGGACUACCUGUUCCUUCCUGAAUUAUUUCUUCAUAGGUUGAGGGAUGCCCACAUAGGCCAGAUAGUGAUUUCUGACGAUGCUCCCAUUUGGAUAGAGGUCUCUUUAAAUUCCCCAUAUCAGAUGUCCCGUAAUUGGAGGUUUCCUAGCUACCUAUAUACUUCGGAAGCGUUUAAGCAAUUCCUGAUUGCCAAAUGGAAUGACUAUGCUGAUGAUAACCAUGUCCAUCUGGACGACCCUGACUUAUUCUGGGGUGCUUCCAAACCAGUUCUACGGGGCCACAUCAUUGCAUAUGUGGUGGGACGCAGGAGAGAGGCCGAUGCUAAACUUAUCCGACUUACGGAGGAUCUCUCUAAGGCAAUGAUGCUUUACCUGUUUCGGCAGGCUGAUAUUCCUAAAUUGACGCCUGACGACCGUGAACGUUUGGUUAAACCGUUUACCCCCUCCGAAAUUGCUGCUGCCAUAAAAUCCCUUCCUAUCGCACUCGAGCCCCUCAUACGUGUUGUUGAGCGUUCCGUCGAGCUUGAGGGAAUCCGAAUAGUGGCAAAACAGGCAAUAUUGUCCCAAUGGAUUGAUCCUCAACCUCCGUUGCUUCCUUUGGUUCUGUCGCGACUGCAAUUUUUGUUUCAUAUGGACUGGCUUGAGGCUGUCCUUCAUAAGGAGAGCAAGGCACUUGGCUGUUUACUAUACAAGCUGUGUUUCUUUAGUCUCCCAUUUGGGGAGAGCCAGGUCGCUAUUUGUGAUGGAAGUUUCACCAUCCCUGAUAAUUCACGUUUUGACCACAAACUUCACUGUUUGAUAAGGUACAUGCUGGAACCCAAUCAAGAAGAAAGACCUGACAUCUACCAAGUUUCCUAUCUUGCUUUCAGACUAGCUAAAAGGGACUGUCCAGUACCCAACAUCCUUAAUUCUCCAAUACCACCUGCACUUCCGGAACCAAUGACCGCCAGUGAGGCUUGUAAGAAAAGUCAAAUAAAAGCAAGGAUGACAGACACUCUUGGGCCUACAAAGACAUCCAUCACACCACGACAGAGACCUAAGCCAUGUGUCAGCACGGCCCCGACCAGUAGCGUGCUUCCUAUCCAGACCUCAGCUACCUCAGUCAAGAUGCGUGUGGAUAGUAUUCCAAGUCACCAUAGCCAUAGUGUAGUGUCAACGACUGCAUCAGAUAACUGUCUUGAAACACUGCUGGCUCAAGAUAGCAGCCAGCCGCCUGCUCAGCAGCACAGGGUCUUGCAGCAGUUACAGCAAAGUGAUUGUAGGCUACAGCAAGGUGAUUGGCAGCUACAACAGCUGUCUCGAGUACAACAGCACCACCAUCAACAGCUACUCCAGGAAGCCUACAUGCAACAGGAUCAAGUGAAGGACUCCAGCUUUCCAAAACAGAACAGCAACAACCCUCCUGAUAUGUCAGGCUGGAAUCCUUUUGGAGAUGAUAAUUUUUCAAAAUUAACAGAAGAAGAACUACUGGACAGAGAAUUUGACCCCCUGAGAUCAAGCAAGCUUGAAGAGCACAGGUCUGUGAAUGCAAGCAUCAAGCCUAUGUUGGCUCCUCAAAGCCAAUGUACAGAAGAUGCAUUUGGUUCUGUCCCUUUCCUCUCUGCCUCAGGUUUUCUUUGGAAAAUAUCUUCGAAAAUAAACUGUAACAAAACCAAACAUUCUAGUGUGCUAUGUGAAGAUGAGAAGCAAACUCAGAGUUCUAAAGAUAUGAGUUCAAGUCAGAAAGUGCAAGAAAACUCUUCUUCCCACAUGCCAGCUACAACAGAAAGAACAGAAUCUGAGAGUGAUUUUGAAUCUGAUUCUCCUUCCCCAAAAAGCAGUGAAGAAGAGUAUCAGGAUAAUGAAGAAACCUUACAUGGUGAGCAAGAAAUAUUCAAUGAUGAUGAUACAGAACCAGAAAAUGAUGGGCAAAUACCUCUAUUAAUGGAUUCUGAUGAAGAACAAGAGGAACAUAAGCACGGUUCAGAUUCUGACUACGACUUUAAAAAGAUUAAAAAUUCUACUGUAAAACUAAACAGCAGACAUAAAAAAAUAUUGUGUGUUUUAAUAGGGAAGAAAAUAAUCAUUACCAGUUCACAUAACAUACAAAAUAGCUUGAUGGAAUUACCUUCCAAUCAGCAACUUGAUACUUUUGGCGCUGUUCCAUUUUUUGCUAUUCAUGACAAAAAAUCUGAUUCAGAAGGAAACAGUUUGGAGGGUCCUACAUUGCAGACAUCAGGAUGUUUCCAUAGAAGGCAUCAGGAUGAAAAUGAUGUAUUCUCUAAAGCACCUUUCAAUAAGAAGUUAGGCCAGUGCACCUCCCCACUUUCCUCAGGACAUGUUGACAUUUUUAGGUGUCCAACAUUUCAACCAGAUCCUGGACCUGAAGAAGGGUUACAUAACAGAGAGGACCUCUUUGGGCUGGUACAAUUUGAAGAGAUAGCAGAAAGCCAGACACAGCACAAAGUGAAACAACAACGCAAUCUACAGAAAUUAUCCACUCAUCAAAGACGGACAAAACAGGAGAUGUCGAACAACAAUGGGAAGCGUUACUAUUGCACAUCGUCAAGCACAAAAACAACUUCUAAGCCCAGUUACUGUACACCUGAGAAAGUACUCAGGCACAAAAAAGGACUCCGCUGUGAUUCACAGAGUAGCAGUGAGCUCUUUUCUAUAUCAGACUCAAAGGAGAACAUAAGCGUUUCAUUGUCUGAUGGAAAAGACCUUUCCCUGUUGCAAGCAGAUGAUAGCAUGGUUGACCCCUUUGGAGCCAAAACUUUUCACCCUCAAGACUUAUGGCAGCCACAACCACAGGCUUUUGCAGACAACCGUUGAGAUAAUCAGAUCACUCUAGCUGCAAGACCAAGACAGAGCUCACUACUGGGAUCUUAUCACAGCAGUAACAAUGUCAUUAUGGAUGACUUUGGUGCAGUGCCUUUCACAGAACUGAUGUUACACAGUGUAACCCCCCAACAAAGCCAGCAAACAGAGCAACAACUGUUAGAUCCAUUUGGUGCAACUCCCUUCCCUUUCAAACAGUAG